AAUAAAAUGUCCACAAACAAGGAACCAUGCUUUGGUUACAAUUUCCUUCGAGCCCUUUGUCAGAGCUCGUGGGAGCUGGUCACUGCUUCCAGACAGAAGAUAGGGCUGCUCCUGUCCAUUAUUACCCUGACACUGAGCGGAGGGACGGUGGUAGGGAUGGCAUUCGAUAGGGACCUCAGACCCCUACAGAAAUACAAUAAAGAAUCUUGUGCUCUGCAGGCCUCCUUUGGGUUAAUUAGUGUGGGCUCUGGGAUUCAGUUUCUUCUGAUUCUGUAUCUGCUGUACGAGUUCUUCAGAACGAGGCUUAGCAAGACACGUGUAGAUGACUACCACAUCAACGUGUCUGCUAAUUUUUUAUCCUUGCUCGCCUUGACUGUCGGUAUGACGAUGUACGUGGCACUACUGACGUCUACUAUGGAUUUUUGGUACUAUUUUUUGGGUUGGGACAGCGUGGCCUUCGCCUUAAUUAACACGUUCCUCUGGUUCGUGACAGAGUACUACCAUCGCCAUGCCGAGAGAUACUUAACCUACAGAGAAAUGAAGGACGAUGUUUCUUACCCGUCUAGUAGCGAGGAGGAUGAAAGCUAAAUGUUUCACCGUGCUAUUUCAGUUACAUAUUUGCA